AGUUGCCAAUCCAGUAUCGAACUCCGUAUCGUAAGUCACGGUUAUAAACGCACCUCAGGAGUUUGUUGUUCGCUUCCUUAGUGUAUUGUAUGUAUUUAUAUUGGUUUUUUGUGUAAAACCUGCCGAAUUUUUACAAUGAGUGCUGAGGAGGAAGUGCUACGGAUUCAAAAGAAAUUGAACAAGAUGUCGAGCGGUGACGGGACGGGUCAGGAGCAAGCAUUGGACUUACUUAAAGUAUUGCAGAAACUGCCCGUUGACUUAGAACUCUUAACCAAAACUCGCAUUGGAAUGACGGUAAAUGCAUUAAGGAAGUCAAGCAGAGAUGAGGAAGUUAUAUCAUUGUCCAAAACUCUGAUAAAGAAUUGGAAAAAAUUCUUAUCUGGAUCAAAUAAAGAAAAGGAUUCUACAUCUUCGAGUAGUUCAAAGAAGAGAGAUGAUAAAUCAGAAAAAAAUAAAGAUGAUGGAGAUCAGAAAAAAGAUAAGGAUAACUCUGAUGGCGAUGUUAAAAUGAAAGAAGAGAAACCUCAUAAAGAUAUGCAAAGGAAACAGUCAACGUUCCCUGCACCUACCACAACAGAUGCUGUUAGACUUAAAUGUAGGGAGCUGCUGGCAGCAGCUUUGCGAGUAGAUGGAAAAGCGAUUGAGGGCUGUGCUUCUCCAGAAGAAUUGGCAGAGGAACUGGAGGAAGCUAUUUAUGCAGAGUUCAAAAAUACUGACAACAGAUAUAAAAAUAGGGUACGAAGUAGGGUUGCAAAUCUGCGUGACGCGAAGAAUCCUAAUCUUCGAACCAACUUCAUUGCUGGUGCUAUAACACCCGCUCGGCUUGCUGUCAUGACUGCCGAAGAAAUGGCAAGUGAUGAGAUAAAACAAUUGCGAGAACAGUUCAAGAAAGAAGCCAUUAACGACGCGCAACUUGCCACUGUGCAAGGCACGAAAACCGAUUUAUUGAAAUGCGGUAAAUGCAAGAAACGCAACUGCACAUACAACCAAGUACAAACACGUUCAGCCGACGAACCUAUGACUACUUUUGUACUAUGCAACGAAUGUGGAAAUCGAUGGAAGUUCUGCUAAAUAGAUCCAACUCUUCAAGGUUCUUUCCAGGAAGGAAACGUAUUUCGUUCAAGACCUGCCUAUUAACACUUGCUAGAGUUAACGAUACAUCAUGGAAGAUAUAUUGCAUGAAAUUUAUGAGACACGGACUGUACAUUGCCGAAUUUUGAAUCCCUUCACAAGUUUCUGAGUACACAAUUUCCCAUUGUAUAUAUUGAAAUUAUAAUCAGAUAGGCCUCAACUUAAGGACGUUCGCAUCAAACUCGAAAAGAUAUUCGAUCUUGAAUCAUUAAUCAGUGCUCGAAACUUCGAAAAAGAAAACGCGUGUAAUGAUGUUAAGAUGAAAGUAAACGUUUCAUUUCACAUUGUACAAGUUUUCACAAUGUUUUAUCCAUGGAGAAGUUCUGAAUUGUGGGUACAGUUCUGAAAUACAUGUAUGUGACACUA